AUGUCUUCGUCUUCAUCUCCCGCUCAAACAAAGAGGUGUCAGUAUUGUGGAGCGGCAAUGGUGCUUCGGGUUUCAAAAUCAGAUAAAAAUCGCGGGAAGGCAUUUUGGAAGUGUCUAACCUCCUAUGGAGCCACCAGCUGCAAUGGAUUCGAAUGGGUUGAUGUAACCUCCGCUGAAGCAGAUCAGCAAGCUGACACGUAUGAUGCUACAGUGCUUAAUAUGCUGAAGUCCAUUAAGGGACUUGGUAUUAGUUUUAUUAGUUGUAUCAAUUGUCAUAUUAUUUGUUCUUUUAAUGACCAAUUAAGUGCACGGUUUCAAGGAUUGUAA